UACGGCAGUAGCAUCAGUCAGUCAGCAACGUCUGACUGCCUAGCUUAACUUCACAAAUAGCAAGUUUUAUACCACUUAACCCCCCUCGCAGAAGAGUUGCGGGACUAAAUUAUGCGUUUUAAGACCGAACCGAGGCAAAGAUGCAAUGGAGGUCAAUAGUAGUUGGCCUGGUCGUGCUAAGACUUUCCCUCAGCUGUGUCUUGUGGCUAGCCUUUGGACUGGGACCUAACGUUAGCUGGGGGUUCAACUUCCAUCUUAAUUUCAAUUUGCACAAAUUAGACUUAGCGUUGUUCAAGGAGGACAAAGGGAGCGAGACGAAGGCUAACUCCUGGUCUCAGAGAAGCCAGGGCCGUAAGUAUGAGGAGUCCCGGAGCACCUGUUCAAAGAUUAGAGAGGAGUCCCCCCACAGGUCCUACCUCAGCCUCUUUGAUGGCAACAAGGACGAGUACGUCAGGAGGUACAGCUCCUUCCCUGACGCGCUUAAGGCGAAAAUGAAGGACAUGGCCAGGGAAAUGUUCUAUUUUGGAUAUGACAAUUACAUGAAAUAUGCCUUCCCGGACGACGAGCUGAAUCCCAUUGACUGCGAAGGGAGGGGACCUGACAUCCUUAACCCGUCAAACAUCAACAUUAAUGAUGUCUUGGGGAACUACUCCCUGACACUAAUUGACACCUUAGACACCUUGCUGGUGCUCGGCAACGUCACAGAGUUUCACAGAGCUGUCAGGCUGGUUAUAGACACAGUGUCUUUUGACAAGGACUCAACUGUGCAAGUCUUUGAGGCUAACAUCAGGAUUCUGGGAAGCCUGAUCUCAGCUCACAUUCUGCUGACUGACCCAAAGCAUCCCUUUGGAAAGGUGGGCCUUGAAGGUUAUGAUAAUGAGCUGCUUCACUUGGCCCAUGACUUGGCUGUCCGCUUGCUUCCUGCCUUUGAGAACACCAGUACAGGGAUUCCCUACCCCAGGGUGAACCUGAAGACUGGAGUCCCUCCUGACAGCAUCAACGAGACCUGCACAGCGGGAGCGGGAUCCCUGCUGGUGGAGUUUGGGAUUUUGAGCCGUUUGAUUGGAGAUUCCACGUUUGAGUGGGUGGCCAGACGGGCUGUCAGAGCUCUGUGGAACCUGAGGAGCAACGAAACCGGUCUGUUAGGAAAUGUUGUUAACAUCCAGACAGGCCAGUGGGUUGGCAAGCAGAGUGGUCUUGGAGCUGGUAUGGACUCCUUCUAUGAGUACUUACUCAAGUCCUACAUCCUUUUUGGAGAGAAAGAGGACUUCAGGAUGUUCCAAGCAGCUUAUGAAAGCAUACAGAACCACCUGAGGAGAGGGAGAGAGUCAUGUAACGAGGGGGAGGGCGACCCACCUCUCUACGUUAACGUGAACAUGUUCAAUGGCCAGAUAAUGAACACAUGGAUUGACUCCCUCCAAGCCUUCUUUCCUGGACUUCAGGUGCUGAGUGGUGAUGUGGAGAAUGCCAUAUGCCUGCAUGCCUUCUACUAUGCUAUCUGGAGGCGUUUUGGAGCUUUGCCGGAGAGAUUUAACUGGCAGCUGCAGGCUCCCGAUGUGCUCUUCUACCCCUUAAGGCCAGAGUUGGUCGAGUCGACUUAUCUGCUGUACCAGGCCACCAAAAAUCCCUUCUAUCUGCAUGUUGGAAUGGAUAUCCUUCAGAGCCUUGAGAAAAAUGCCAAAGUCAGAUGUGGGUAUGCCACUCUCCACCACGUCGUGGACAAGUCCAAAGAGGAUCGCAUGGAGAGCUUCUUCCUCAGUGAGACCUGCAAAUACCUUUACCUGCUGUUUGAUGAAGACAACCCACUGCACAAAUCUGAGAACAAGUACAUUUUCACUACAGAGGGUCAUGUUGUGCCGAUUGACAGGCGCUUCAGGGAGAAACAGUGGAAUGACAUGUUUCCUUGUGAGGAGGGAGCGCUGGCAGAAAAGCAGACAAACAAGUGGCCUCCUAGCAACACCAGCAAUUGUGACAGAAUCCCAGUUGAGCGACGAUAUGCUCUGCCACUGAAGAGUGUCUACAUGAGACAGAUUGACCACAUGGUGGGACUGUUCUGAGUGAGACGGCGCAGUUGACGACACUGGUGUGACCUGGUCCUCGCUACACUCCCUCAGGUGCAGAUGCAGUGAGGUCAGAAGGGAUCCGCUGUUGGUCCAGAUCCUCUACCCAUCUGUUUUGCUGCUCAGGACCCUGAUAAAAAAAAUUCUGACACUCAAGACAACCUGAGAUACCAGUUUGAUUACUUGGUCUAUUGAAUUAAAGUGUGUUAUCUUGCUGUAUGAUAGGGAAACAUUUACCCAGCAAAGGUGAAAAAUAACUUCUCUGCUGGAAGUGUAUGUGGAGCCAUACUUAACAGCAUUUUAGCUGAUGACUAAUUAAGGUUUUGGAUGGGAUUUUAGAAAAACUGGUAUGUGUUUUUGCUCAAGAACAAGUGAGGCAAAAAAUACAUGUUCAAGCAUGUGAGGAUAGAUUGUAUGUAUGUAUGUGUGUGUGUGUGUGUGUGUGUAUGUACUGAAGAUACAGCUGAGCUGUGAGCGGUAAUAUUGUGUUUAUGGGAACAGUGCCAGAGACUAGACUAUAAAAAUGCUCAGUUCUAAACAAAAUCACCGCAAACAUGAUAAUUAGUGCCUCACUGCAAUUUAUUCUUUUGACUGGGUUAGUGCUUUUACAUAAGGGCUGCACAUUAACAGAUAAUAAGAGGUAAUGGUUUAUGUACAUACUGUAAAACCCUUGUUCUUGUGAAGUGAUAACAUGUUUUAGAUUGUGCCUCUAGGAACUCUGUUGCACUUUUGAAGGUCUGAGGCUGGUUUCCCAAAAUGGUCUUGAGCUCAAGUAGCUGCUUAAGAACUUGUCUCAUGUCUCAUGUUUCAUUCUACAUAUUUAAUGUCCUCUCCUAAAACAGGAUUGGCCAAACAAUAGGACUAUUUUAAAAGUCUACAACAGAUUUGUCAAGCAAAACAAAGACCUACAUUCAAAAAAAGAAUUUUGGUAAACCAACCCUAGAUAUUUUUCUAUCCAGGGAGUAACAGAUUAUAUCUUAAAUCUGCAAAUGCUUCCUGCUUGGUGGCUGUCAAACUCCGUUCACAACUACAUUUCUGAUGUGACAGUGGAAAACAGAUGCAUGCAUCUCAGGCCUCCAUCUUCCUCAUGUCUUACAAAGGGCGAGCAGAUGUGCCACGACUGUGUGAGAGAGAGCUUCAGGAUGACACAUGCUGUUUUAAAGUGCCUUAAGCUUUUUUUUUUUUGGUACUUCUGGAUGUUAUAUAGGGCAUAUUAGGUGUGGAUAACAUUUUUGAUUUUUGAGUGCAUUUUGAGGCCAUUGUUUUUAAUGCACAAUGGACAUCAUUCCAUGUGGUAUGUACAGUAUUUACACUGAUUAUGACAUAAUGGUCCUUUUUUUAGACAUGACAAAACAAAGCCAUAAAAAUGUAUUUUUAUAAGGUUGAUAAGUGACAGUUUUGUGUCUUCUUUAACAAUCAUUUUUCUGGUAUACAUAAUCCGAGUUAUUGUUAGGCGAGUACACAGCCUGUGCUACAUAGCUUGAUGAUCACAUUUAUUUAGUCACACUGAUCGAUGCCGCACGUUUUUGUAUUUGUAAAUUAGUAUUGUAGAGGUACCUGUGCAUGGGUGAGUCAGUCCAAAUGGAGGUCUUCAUUCGCUAUUUCUCCUUCACAUAAUUGCACAGCAUAAUACCUAAUAACUAUUAUGUGGUAAGAACUCAGGGUUUAAAGGAAAAAAAAAACUUUUCGAUGAAUGCUUUCAUAAACAACAGUCUUGAAAAGGUGUUGCCUUCGAUGUCUUGGGAUAGCCUUAGGUAUUUAUGUUAUAGAUCAUAGAACUGAACUGUCUGGAGUUAAAGGUGAACACUGAAUUUCAGUAUUUACGUAUGCAAUUUGUACUGUGAACACUCGUUUUACUGUUCCAAACAGACAGAAAGGAGAAGGAAGGGCUUCCAUAUCCCUCUAACUGUGAUUUUUUUUUUUUUUGUUCAUGCACAGCUCCAUUGAGAAUUAAUAUGAGAACUUGGAACAGGUUUUCAGGGAUAUGGCUAUGUUUUCUGACUCAGAUGUGUUUGUUCUAUUGAACUUCAUUCAUCUUUGACCAAACAUCCUAUGUUCACAAAGCCAAGGUGCUGCUCAGCGUGGCUCCAAGCCGUACAUCUUGACACAACAUCAAGUCUCAGUGCUCUUGUCUUGCUUUGGGAGACGGUUCUUAUUCAAGUGUUGUGUGAACUGUCCCAGGACAUAGGCAGAACAUGUGUGAGUUCCCGAAAUUGGCUAGCUGGCAUUCCCUUUAACCAUUUCCUAUCAAGUUGUUUUGGAUUUGAACAAAAUGAAAGGUGUAGGCCACACAAUUCUAAGCAUGGCUGUUUCAUAAUGUUAGCAAAACACACGGCCCACAACCCCCCCCUCAAAAAAAAAAAAAAAAAAAAAAAAAACAUGAACUAAAUAAAUAAAUACCAAAUAAUGAACAAGACAGUUGCUGUGUUGCGUUUUAUUUGUGAAAAAUUGAAAAAUACUCAGUUUUCUACAGAAGCAUGUAUAAGUUAAUCCAGGUUUACUUUACUGGCUUUGUCUCUGUACAGGAUAUUUGGCUCAAAGGCCUACAUUUGAGUCAACAUGUUUACAAGAUUUUAGAAAUUGAAGUAUGCUGCAUCUUCA